UUUUAGGAGAUAACGGCGAUACUCUAGUAGAAAGUAACUUAAACAUUGGUGUACCACAGGGCUCGUCGCUUGGACCCAUUUUGUGGUUGAUCUUGGUUAAUGACAUUUUUAAUUUAGUUCGUAAUAUAAAUUUUAGCCAAUUUAUUGAUUUUAACCAUGAUGAUUUCAAUAUCAUUGCAUUUGCAGAUGAUAUUUUACUGUUGGUAAGUGGUCCAAUUUUCUAUAAAUUUGAUAAACUGGCGACUCAUAUUCUAUCCCACAUGUCAGACUGGGCCGAGAACAACAAAUUAAAUUUUUCGAAAGAAAAAACUCAACUUAUUACAUUUCCAAAAAAUAAAAAAAAGAUGGGAAGACUCCCCUGUAUUAAAUUUAGACCGGAUGAUACGAACAAUAUUAAAAAUGUAAGUACGAUGAGAUACUUAGGGGUGACCCUCGAUCCAGGUCUGACAUGGAUUCCACACUUAAAUGAUAUUAGAGACAGAAUUACAGGUUUUAAUCAGGGAAUUAGGAGAGUCGCCAGAGUUACAUGGGGUCUCAGACCACAAUUGUUGAAACGCAUAUAUCUCCAGGCAAGUGAAAGAAUUAUACUUUACGCCGCCAGUGUCUGGUACAGAAAUACUAGGAGAAUUAACGAAAAAUUAAACAGUAUCCAGCGAAUACCACUCUUAACCAUCACGAAGGCCUAUGCUACAACGAGCACAGAGGCAAUCCAGAUACUGGCGGGUGUUAUGCCAAUUGGUUUGAAAAUCGUGGAGGACAUCUUUUGCAAAAGGGUGAAGUGGGGCUGGAGACUCGAGGACAUAAAUUAUACUCUACCAAUUGAUCUUGAUCAUAACAUAGAUUUCGAGAAACCAGCCCUAGGGCAUCCUUCAGAUUACAUUGCUUUGCCCUGGGGAUAUAGCAGCCCUAAAGAUCAGGGAGUGGAGAUCUACACUGAUGGCUCUCGGAUGGAGGCAGAUUAUCCGAAUAAAUUCAGGACUUCACACGCAAUGAUAGUUAAGAACAACGGUAUCACGAUUUUCAAAGCCUCCACCAGAGUCACUGAUAACACCAACAUAUUUAUUGCAGAGCUUUUGGCAAUCAAGUCUGCCCUGAUAUGGCUACGUCAACAUGAUAUUACACAUGCAACGAUUUUUUCAGACUCACUAUCAUCCCUCCAGGCCCUGGCUGACCCAGAACCCAGUUCCAAACUCAUAGAAGAGAUCAAAAAAAUUUGGAAUAAGAACACUAUUUUGAACUGGGUAAAAGCACAUGUGGGGAUCCAGGGCAAUGAGGAGGCAGACAGGGCAGCAAAGGAAGCCAUUGGUUCUGACAGUGUGGAUCUCCAGGUUCUGAAGACCCCCAAACAAGCUAAAACCGAAAUCAAACAAUAUUUAAUGGCAAGGUGGAAAACCAAUUGGGAAAAUUCUGAGAAAGGCAGGCAUACAUUUAAAUUCAUUAAGACCCCGUCAACUACAAGGUUGCAAACUAAUUUCUAUUUUAACCAAUUUCUGACGGGGCACGGAGUGUUCGGAGUACACCAAAACAAAUUUUUUAAUAAAUCAGAUACUUGCUCUAACUGUAACCAAAGACAAACCAUAGAGCAUCUUUUAUAUUAUUGUGAUCGGUACCGAACACUCCGAAAAAAUUAUUUCUUCCAAAAAACAGACCAACAAAUUUUUGCAGACAAGGUUUGUAGAGAAAUUAUCAAGAUUAUCAUUAAAACUACUCUUGAGGAACAAAUGGAAUUAAUAAACAAAAUUGACAAUAACUAAAAUUUUAACCUGCUUAAUCUAACCACCUUGCCAAAACUUUUUUUUGGACCACAUUGCCAUUUUAGUGUUUUAAUUUGACUUUUAACUUGACUUUGCAUUUUAUACAUGCUUUAGGUUUGUUUACAACCUUUGGAUUUUAAUACAUUUGGUAUUUUACAUUGCGAUUGUAUUUUAUACAUGGUUUUUAGAUUGUUAUACACCCCUUUUAACUCUUACCUUUUAGUAUCUAUUGGUAUU